AUGGCAUUAUCCUUCUCUUCCACAACUGCAGUUACAUGCUCAAAGCUCCAUCGCAAUCCAACCCUUCAAUUCAACACCAUAAACGCCCAUAAACAAAGCUCGAAUGUCGUCUGUGCCAUUGCGGAGCCACCACCAGAGUCCGGCUUGCCGGCAAGGAAAUCCAACCUUGCUGUAGGCUCUCCAAUAAUCGUAACCGAAGCUCCCAGAAUGAUAAAAACUGCAGCAUCCGUUCCAUGCCUCCGGGUUAACUCUGGCUUAGUCAAACCAGGUGACGUCGGAAGAAUUGUGUCAAGAAAGCCAAAGGAUGUGUGGGCAGUACGGCUUUCAAUUGGCACUUACCUCAUUGAUGGGAAAUACUUCAAGCCCUUGGAGUUGGACCUUGACCAAUAGACUAGUGAUUUUUGUAUUUUUAUUUUACUUACUCAUGCUAUUAUUAAUACAUUUUCCGUAGUAUUAAAUGGACUGCAUCUAGUUAGUAA